CGAAUUCAACACAGCAACUUUUUCAUUGCCUCUCUUCAACAACGCUGCAGCGCUUAUCUCGUCGAACACAAUGAAAUUCUCAAACACCUUACUCUCAUCUGCCUUGUUAUUUGCUGCUUUCUCCAGUGCUUCCAAAGAGUCCUGUGAGAAUCUUAAAACUGCUCAGUUGCAGCGCUGUGGUGGUCUUCAAGACACUUAUUCCUGUGUCUGCAGUUUAUCCAGUGAGCAAUAUUGGGACUAUUACUACGACUGUGUGAUUAAUGGUGGCGCUAGUGUUACUGUUGCCUAUUUGGACAAUCUCAAAGUUCAAAUUUGUGGUGGAUCAUACUAAAGAUCAGUCAGUUUCUUAAAACUACAUAAUGGGAACCAGUCUAAAAUAGAAACACAAACCUAUCAUAUUAGCAUAUUGCAUACUUUCAUAUUAAAUACUAUCGAUUCAUAACCUUCUAUUCCAAAAACAAAUACACAUAUCAUCAAAUGGCAUAAAUUUUAUAUCACUUUAAUGUAGAUCCUCCUACCACUGAUUCCAACAUAUCGAAAAAC